AUGACAAACAGUGAUCAAAAACGAAUUUCAGUUCACCUCCUAGGUAUUUCUGUUGAAUAUGAGGUGGCAAGCAUGUUGUGGCUGCAGGAAAAGAAAGAAGAAAAUAUACCCCACAAUAAGUCAUCUUUCUUCUCGAAGGAAUGGCAUGCCGAUAUUGAUUAUCUUAUGACCAUGGGGGGUAAGGUGGACAAUCACACCCUCUUCGCAUUAUUGGAAGAGAUACCGGGGUACAUACCAUUCUUUGGUGCAUUGGCGAGUGACACGAGGGGUAAAGGAACUGCCAAUGUCGGAGAAGAUGUUGCCGCAAGCCAGAUCGGAAUUCGCUACCAGAAUCGACACCGUACUGUGCAGUGCCGUACUUUAACAAUGAUACCGGUUGGCACACCGUCACUUCCUAAGAAGUUCGAGUAA